CCGUACGCCGCCUCACAGCCACUUCCGCCGAACGCACAGGGUCAGCAGUACCCUUACGACCCGUCGAUGCUUGACCGCCAGGCAAGUGCAAGUGGCCGAUACGAAUGCAUGUGGUGUGGAAAAGGGUUCACCCGGCCUUCUAGCUUGAGGAUUCAUAUGAACACUCACACAGGGGAGAGACCUUACGUUUGCCCUUUCGAGGGCUGUGGGCGCAGUUUCAGUGUCCAGAGCAACAUGCGCCGGCACGCGCGCGUGCAU